CAGCUGCCGCUUGUUUGUGACUGAGGGAGGGAGAGAGAGAGAGCAAACAGCACAGCGCUGUGCACAGUGUAAAGGACAAGGCAGGCUCCAGGACAGUACAGCACGAUGCUGGGGUUCUCUGUAUUUCGAGGUACUAAUCUCUUGAGAGCACGAGGUCUUUUAUCCGCUCUCAGUGUUCGAGCAGCACAUGGACAUGAGGUUGCUAAAGGUGAGGACCUGUCAGUGCCGAUGUACUGUGAUCGGAGGGAUACACCUCUCCCUGAUGUUCCUUAUGUGCAGAAGCUGAAUGCGGAACAGACAGCCCUGAAGGAAAAGGAGAAAGGGUCUUGGAAGAGCCUGACGGAUGAAGAGAAGAUUGCAUUGUAUUGCAUCGCUUUUCAUCAGAGCUACGCCAAUAUGUGCAAAUCGAACAAUGAGUGGAAGACAGUGAUGGGUGGAGCCUUCAUCUUUAUUGGAUUCACCGGCCUGAUUGUGUGGUGGCAGUCAAUCUAUGUGUAUCCUCCCAGGCCACAUACCUUAAGUGAGGAGUGGAAGGAAAAGCAGGCCAAAAGAAUGCUGGAUAUGCAAAUAAACCCGAUAGAGGGGUUUGCCUCCAAGUGGGAUUAUGAGAAGAAUGAAUGGAAGAAGUGAAGUUCCUAUUUAGAGGAAGGUUUUCCUCUUAAUCCAAAAUUUGAGUGUUCUAACAGAAUCUGACUCAGCAACUUUAAAACAGUCUAACCUCAUGUUAAUCCUAAUCUUCUCCAGGGUUUUGCUGAAUUGUAAAAUGACCACAAACGCACCUUCAACAGCAGUUUUAAAUUUUGAAAUAAGUCACAUGAUUGUAAAAAUUGCAAUUUAUAAUAAAGAUUGCUCUUAUAAUAAAGUUCUGUACACUCCAUACUCACUGUUAUGUUUGAGAAAUGGCCCUUGCACAAUUCACUGCUGGAAAUAAAUGGACAAAGCGUUAAAACACA